AUGAAUAGUGCUAAAACGGUUAAAACUACCCGGGCGGGUCCCAGCCAUGCUGGGGAAUCCCGUGGCCGCUCACAAGGCGGUCGGCCCUGUGUAUACGGGGGGGCCAACACUAUUCCGCGGUCUCGGCCGCGUCACGACGACUCAAGCAACCACAACACGGACUCGAACUCGCACAACGGAUCGGAAACUGACGAAACGGAGGUGGAGGCCUGUGCCCCGUUGGCACACGCCGAAACCAACGACCACGGCAAACCCCAGACGGACUCUGAGAAGGAGAAGGAGGAGGGCAAGGAGAAAUCGGCGCGGAAGCGCAGGCGUCGGCAGGGGAGUGCCCGAACAAGCACCGACAACUCUUCCCUGUCAGAAGAGGAGACGGCCCCGGCCCCCAAAUUCAGCACUGCACGCCGUGGCAAGAAGGCCGGCAGUGCCCAGCGGGCCCAGGACUACUACCGGAGGGUAGAAGAGCUGGAGGAGCUCGACUUCAAUGUCGACCUGGACAAGAGGGCCAAGGCCAGCCUGAUCCGCCGCGAAGGAAGCCGGGCGGGUGGCUCAACCUCGCCGGACCUUGAAGACCCCAAGUCCAGGGUCGACUACGAAAGGCUGGAUCUGGAGCAGCUGAGGGCCCGCGGGGGACUGUUUGUCUCCGAGAUCGCCCGCGUCUCCCAGAUCUCUGGACGGCUACAGGGCCCCCUGAAAGGAGCCCUCAACAGGUCGGCGGACAACCUAGCCGGCAUCCUUGACCAGCUCGCAGCCCGGUCAGAGACUGAGGAGAACCGCCGGCUGAGAGUCGACAACGCCAACCUGAGGAGAGAAGUUGAGGGCCUCCAUGGAGAGAUCCGCGCCCUUAGGCGUGAUAUGGCGGAACUUACUGCCAACGUCGGCAAGAGCGCCAACAAACGGGCGACACCCCCGCCGGCGGCCCCGUCAGCUAGCGAGGAGGAGAUGGAGCCGCAAGCUCCCACGAGGGACCCCCUUCCGCAGGGCGCAUUAUGCGCCCAAUCAAUUGAAGAGCUGCUGCAGAUGGCAUGCCAGAGGGCCGUCGACUCGGCGGCUAAACUCAUCGACGCCAGAUUGGGGGAUCUGGAGAGCCGUCUGCCGCCCCAGAAGACCCUCCGCCCCCCGCUCGCGGCCGACAGUAGGACUCCCCCGGCCCCUACGGAGGGCCCAACCCCAGCGCCAAGGUCAGCCCCCGGGCGAAAGAAGACACGCCCAACAAGGCCGCAACCCCCAUCCCAGCCGGAACCAGUAGCUUCCAGCCAAGAGGUCCAGACGGCGCCCUCAUCGGCUCCUCCAGCCGAAACAUGGGCCACCGUGACACGGAAAGGGAAGAAGAAGAAACCCAGGACUGCCGCCGCUUCCCAACCGGUCCCUGCGCCCAGGACGGCUCCAACGGCGACGAAACCGAAGCCCAAACGGGUAAAACUGACCCCUCCCCGCAGCGCGGCCAUCGUGGUGACGCUGCAGCCAGAGGCGGCAAAGAGAGGGUCUACCUACAAAGAGGUGCUCACUAAGGCCAAGGCUGCAGUGGACCUGUCCGAGCUGGGAAUCCCCAGCAUAAAGGUCACUGACUCGGCGACCGGGGCUCGACUUAUCGAGGUUCCGGGAACCGAGUCCAGAGAAAAGGCCGACAAGCUGGCGGACAAGCUAAAGGCGGUUCUCGGUGGCGAUGUGACUGUCACCAGACCUGAGAAGCGCGCGGGCGUGCGCAUCUCUGGCCUGGACGAGUCCGUCACCAGGGAGGAGGUUGCCGAAGCGGUGGCUAUCAAGACGGGUUGCUCUACGGGAGCAGUUAGAGUGGGGGAAAUCCGGCGCAGCUCCCGUGGAGAGGGAGUAGCCACAAUCAGCUGCCCGGUUGUUGCGGCCAAGGCACUGUCGGAGGCCGGCCGCUUCCUGAUUGGGUGGUCCUCGGCCCGUGUCCAAGUCUUGGAGGCUCGCCCGAUGCGCUGUUUCAAGUGCAUGGGGCUUGGACACACCCGACAGCUGUGCCCUUCUUCGGCCGACCGCAGUGGCCUGUGCUUCCGGUGUGGAAAUCCGGGGCACAAGGCCGCCGAAUGUUCGGCAAAGGACGCGCGCUGCGCUGUUUGCGCUGAGGCCGGCCGCGAUGCCAGCCAUCACAUGGGGGGUAGGAAUUGCAACCCCCCGCAAACAAGAGGGAAGACAGCCGCAGGGGUCCUGGUCCCCCUGGUAGAGGAGCACCAUGAGCAGUGCGAGGAGGCAGACAUGCUCGAUGGGUAG